GAACAGAAAAAGAGGACUGCACAUGGAAUUGUGAACCUGCGCUACUUACCACUUUUUUUGAGGGAGAACUUGGUGGGCGGUCCUUCCUGUGACACGACCCUUGAGUGACAGUUCUGUUUGAUUGCCUCCAGUACUGUGAGGAAAGGACACGACUCUAUGGUGAGGACUGAUGGACAUACAUUAUCUGAGAAAAGAAACUACCAGAUGUGUGCUUUCCAAUGUCCAGAUCUGCAAGUGGUGAAAGAAGUUACAAAGGUGACAAACAGCAUGUUUGGUGCUUCAAGAAAGAAGUUUGUAGAGGGGGUCGACAGUGACUACCAUGAUGAAAACAUGUACUACAGCCAGUCUUCGAUGUUUCCACAUCGGUCAGAAAAAGAUAUGCUGGCAUCACCAUCAACAUCAGGUCAGCUGUCUCAGUUUGGGGCAAGUUUAUACGGGCAACAAAGUGCACUAGGCCUUCCAAUGAGGGGAAUGAGCAACAAUACCCCUCAGUUAAAUCGCAGCUUAUCACAAGGCACUCAGUUACCAAGCCACGUCACGCCAACAACAGGGGUACCAACAAUGUCACUUCAUACGCCUCCAUCUCCAAGCAGGGGUAUAUUACCUAUGAAUCCUAGGAAUAUGAUGAACCACUCCCAGGUUGGUCAGGGCAUUGGAAUUGCCAGCAGGACAAAUAGCAUGAGCAGUUCAGGGUUAGGUAGCCCUAACAGAAGCUCGCCAAGCAUAAUAUGUAUGCCAAAGCAGCAACCCUCUAGACAACCUUUUACUGUGAACAGUAUGUCUGGAUUUGGAAUGAACAGGAAUCAGGCAUUUGGAAUGAAUAACUCUCUAUCAAGUAACAUUUUUAAUGGAACAGAUGGAAGUGAAAAUGUGACAGGACUGGACCUUUCAGAUUUUCCAGCACUAGCAGAUCGAAACAGAAGGGAAGGAAGUGGUAACCCAACUCCAUUAAUAAACCCCUUAGCUGGAAGAGCUCCUUAUGUUGGAAUGGUAACAAAACCAGCAAGUGAGCAAUCCCAAGAUUUUUCAAUACACAACGAAGAUUUUCCAGCAUUGCCAGGCUCCAGUUAUAAAGAUCCAACAACGAGUAAUGAGGACAGCAAAUCUAAUUUGAAUACAUCUGGUAAGACAUCUUCAAGUACAGAUGGACCUAAAUUUCCUGGAGACAAAAGUUCAACAACACAAAACAACAACCAGCAGAAAAAAGGGAUCCAGGUGUUACCUGAUGGUCGGGUUACUAACAUUCCUCAAGGGAUGGUGACGGACCAAUUUGGAAUGAUUGGCCUGCUGACAUUUAUUAGAGCAGCAGAGACAGACCCAGGAAUGGUACAUCUUGCAUUAGGAAGUGACUUAACAACACUAGGCCUCAAUCUCAACUCUCCUGAAAAUCUCUAUCCCAAAUUUGCAUCACCUUGGGCAUCUUCACCUUGUCGACCUCAAGACAUAGACUUCCACGUUCCAUCUGAAUACUUAACGAACAUUCACAUUAGAGAUAAGCUGGCUGCAAUAAAACUGGGCCGAUAUGGAGAAGAUCUACUAUUCUAUCUCUAUUACAUGAAUGGAGGAGACGUAUUACAGCUUUUAGCAGCAGUAGAGCUUUUUAACCGAGAUUGGAGAUAUCACAAAGAAGAACGAGUAUGGAUUACCAGGGCACCAGGCAUGGAGCCAGCAAUGAAAACCAAUACAUACGAGAGGGGAACAUAUUACUUCUUUGACUGUCUUAACUGGAGGAAAGUAGCUAAGGAGUUCCUUCUGGAAUAUGACAAAUUAGAAGAAAGGCCUCAUCUGCCAUCAUCCUUCAACUACAACCCUGCUCAGCAAGCCUUCUAAAGACUUCCCUUUUCUUGGGGUAUGGCUGUCUCAGCACAAUACUCAACAUAACUGCAGAACUGAUGUGGCUCAGGCACCCUGGUUUUAAUUCCUUGAGGAUCUGGCAAUUGGCUCAUGCAAAGGGUCACCAUUUGAGGUCCUGCCUUACUAAUUAUGUGCUGCCCAACAACUAAAUUUGUAAUUGUUUUUCUCUAGUUUGAGCAGGGUCUGAAUUUUUCCAUUUUUUUUGGACAGCAGACAUUGAUCUGUAAUGACAAAAAAGUACACUGACAAAGUUUACCACAUAGUUUCCAAAAUGUAAAAAAGAAAAAAAAAACCCAGAAAAAAAAAACAAAAAAACCCCAAAAAAUUAGACAACAAAAUUUGCAUUGUUCAUUGUAGCACUAUUGGUAAUAAAAAAAAAAAAUGUUUGUGCAUUUUUAUGUGAAGAUCCUUCUCGUAUUUCAUUUGGAAAGAUGAGCAAGGUCUGCUUCCUUCAUUUUACUUCUCCCUUCUGUUUUUGAAAGGCAGUUUUUCGCCAAGCUUAAAUGCAAGAAUAUCUGACUGUUUAGAAGAAAGAUAUGGCCACAACCUCUGGAUGGUUUCUAGGGUUGUGUUAUUACUGAGCUUCAUCUUUCCAGAAUGAGCAAAACACUGUCCAGUCUUUGUUACGAUUUUGUAAUAAAUGUGUACAUUUUUUUUAAAUUUUUGGACAUCACAUGAAUAAAGGUAUGUAUGUACGAAUGUGUAUAUAUUAUAUAUAUGACAUCUAUUUUGGAAAAUGUUUGCCCUGCUGUACCUCAUUUUUAGGAGGUGUGCAUGGAUGCAAUAUAUGAAAACGGGACAUUCUGGAACUGCUGGUCAGGGGACUCCUUUGUCGCCCUGUGCACUAAAGGGCCAGAUUUUCAGCAGCCAAGGACAUCCAUACCCAAGUGAAUGUGAUGGGACUUAAAGAAGUGAACUGAGACAAUUCACUCUGGCUGUUUGAACAGCAGCGUUUCAUAGGAAGAGAAAAAAAAAAAAAAGAUCAAUCUUGUAUUUUCUGACCACAUAAAGGCUUCUUCUCUUUGUAAUAAAGUAGAAAAGCUCUCCUCA